GUUCAGCAUCUUAUCGAUCCUACCUCUCUUGGCUCCUCUACCGAUGACGAAGUUGAUCAGAAUGGAACGCUUAUGGGGGACUCGUCCGCCUUCUCAACACCCACUAGACAUGACCAUUUUCAUCACACCGCUAACACAAACUCCUCAUCUCCCAUCCUACCCGAUCUUGUUCAUACUCUCAUCCAUCGGCUCUUGCCCUCAGCACGUCAACGAGUUUGUAUCUAUUCAGCUGGGGUAGCUGGUGAUAUUUGUCAAGGCAAUGCGGCAUUUAUGAAGAUUCUUUUCAGUUUACUUCUCCUGCACUCCUCGUCGGCUGACUCUCACAAUUCCGGCACCCUGAUUGAGGAUGCUGUUCGACAGGCCUCUUUAAUCAGACCCGAGCAAAGCAAUUCCUCAGCCAUGGAGGUAUUGGCUGCUCUUGAGCCUUUCAUUUAUCGUUUUUUCGACGAAGAUGAGGAAGACGAUGAAGAGGAAUUCGAUUCUUAUCCCUCUUUCAGUGGUGAAGUUAAAAACAACAAUGUGCCGUUAGCUUCUGCAGAGCGAUUACUCCGAUUUAAAAUUCUAUCUUUUAACCUAACCCCACAACAACGCCAACUCCAUGACCAACUUCUGCUCGGUAGGGCCUGUACACGUGCUUCCAGAUCAGGUCACCUCUGUGACCUUUUGACCUGUCUCUCAAAGGGAGUUCGUCUUUGUUUGCACCCAUGGCUCCUCGUUGAUAGCGAUGAGGCUGAACAUUGGCUAGCUCAGGACCGAGAACCCUCUCCCUAUCCCCCAUGUCCUCUAAUACGAUUUGACACUCCUUCAGGUCUCCUCGCAGCAUUGCAUAAAGAAAGUGCUGAAAAAUCUCUUCCUAUCCCACUGCUCUCCACGACCCUUCAAGAGAAGACUCAUAUUCGAAAACGAAUCGUGGAGUUGCUUCCUUCCUCAGAGCAUUUGAAAAGCGCUUUGGCGAGUCCGAGAACCAGCGCCGCAUCGGUGCAACUUGGAAAGAGGCGAGGGGGAGCAGCUUCAAUUGACAAUAGUGGUUCACAGCUACCGAAGAAAAGGGCAAAAAUGGAAGGAGUUGAUGCCGUUGAAGAACAAUGUGAUGCUUUUAUCACGGAAGAAAUCUAUCGAAAUGUUCUCUUGGAAGAAGGAAAAUCAUCUUUUAAAGCCAAAAACGAUUUUAGCAUUGCUUCGAAAGUUACUGAACUCGAAUCUCUUCCUUCUGUUCCUUCCAAGAUUGCAAUCGCUGAUCAGUCUACCCUAUUUAAUCCCACUACCGAUGGCAAAACUCUUCUACAAAUCUGUGAAUUACGGUGUCGACACACCCGACUUGAGUUGGAAGACAAAGCAGAUUGGUGUAGUUCCUCUACAAUGGACUACAUUCAACAAUAUUCCCGAAUUCCAUCCCUCUUUCCUUCAGGCAUUCAUGUUUUUCCCGUCCUUCCGUUCAUCGAUUCGCCCACCUCGUCCACAUCCAAUGCGCUAUGUCGAGUGGUAUCUGACUGGUUUGAUCAUCUAAAUUCAUCCAGUUCAUCGUACAGUGUGCUAUGUACUCGUGAUAAGGCUGUUGGUUUACCGGUUCACCUAACAGAAGUUUCUCCGGAAUCUCUCCCGGAAGCUCUGGGCCCUGUAAUCGAUCGAUUAUAUCCUUUUUUGCCUCUUUCUCGGUGGAUUUCUCCUCACACUACACCCCAUCGUCUUCCCCAAUUCCUUGCCGCUUCUGGUAAAAUUCAACGACUUCGAGAUCUUCUCUUAGAUUUCGUUCGAUCUUCAUCCGAGACUGAGUCAAAUCAAUCCUCCACUACCACCGCUCCCAUCUCCCGACCUCGGGUUAUUUUCAUUAUGAGCCACUACACCGCUUUCCUUGACCUACUGACCACCUGGCUCUCAGUUGAUCCAGCUUUCUCCUGUCUUACUCGAAUUCGAGCGCCGAUCGAUCAUUUAGAUGCUUCCAGUAGAGGGCAGUGGUGUGGUGAAGAUAUGGCCUAUUACUCCAACGAUAUUGGUGCUGGGUGGAUAGAGCUAGUGAAUGAUUGGCCUUGUGGUACCAGAGGACCGUUAAUUGUGUUAAUGCAUGGCAGGGCUCAUUUCCUAUCGGUUGCAGGGUUGAAAGCUGGUCCGGAUACAAGAGUAGUUCUCUGCGAUGCGGAUUGGCGGCAAGAAGUUCACGCUCUGGUGAAGUCAAAGUUGCGUUGCUAUUCAAUUAAUGGACUGGUUGACGUCCCACCUCAAGUUCGCUACAAUAACAGCUCCUCCUCUCAUCGUCUUCCAGUCUACCGUCUCGUUUCCGAAUGGGACAGUGGUGAGAGUAUGGAAGCACGUCUUCUUAACUCCUCCGCCAUCCACCUUCUUCCUGAUUCGGUCUUCAAGACAGUCGCGAACACGUCCUCAAAUUCAUUUGAUGCAGAUGUUACUAUCGGUUCUAGAUCUCGUCUUAGUGCUACCUCUGGCAUCGUUUCUCCACUCGCUUCGUCAACAUCUUCAAGGGUGCAACCAAAUGUUGUGAAGGAGCUCUUUUUCAAGUUGCGUCGUCGUGCACAAUGGAGGGCGGCAGGUGGAGAGGCGUCUACUGGAAUACCGAUGCCGUCAAUGGAAUCUGAUGGAGGAGAAGAGGAAGUGACUACACAGGAUGAGGAAUCCGACAAUGCGUCACUGUUUCAUAAUCGGGAACCUGUUCAGAAACAGAUGGUAAGAUGUUUUACUUAA